AUGCGUGCCGCUGGUCUUCUUUCUCUUUUACUCGCAGCGAUUCCCGCUGUUACCGCGAAGCGGGGUACCCUCGGUCUUGCGCUGGGUAAUAAGAAUCCUGACGGCACCUGCAAGUCCACUAGCGACUAUGAGGCCGACUUUGACGCGCUCAAGGACCUGACUACUCUCGUCCGCACAUACUCUGCCAAUGAUUGCAACACUGCUGUAAAUAUCGUUCCUGCAGCCAAGAACAAGCAGUUCAAGGUCGUGUUGGGUGUUUGGGCCGAUUAUGACGAAUCCUUCAACAAUGACUUGAAUGUCUUGAAGCAGACUAUUCCCGGAAAUGAAGGUGUUAUUCAUUCCAUCACUGUCGGUUCUGAAACUCUUUACCGCAAAGGCCUUACUGCCCAGCAGCUCCUGGACAAGAUUCGUACGGUCCAGAAUGCGUUCCCCAAGAUACCCGUUGGUACGGUAGAUAGCUGGAACAUUUUUUACGAUGGUACUGCCGAUCCCAUCAUCCAGGGAGGUGUCACUUACUUCUUGGCCAAUGGCUUCGCCUAUUGGCAAGGAGCGGACAUCGACCAUGCCACCACGACUUAUUGGAAUGACACGACGCUUGCGCAGAAGCAUAUUGAGACAGUUGCUGGCGACAACAAGGACAAGAUUAUCUUCGGAAACGGCGAGACUGGUUGGCCCACCGAUGGCGGUUCUGAUUAUCAAGCUGCCAAGGCUGGCACUAAGAAUGCUGAAAGGUACUGGAAGGACGCUGUCUGCGGUAUGCUGAAAUGGGGCGUCGAUGUUUUCUACUUUGAGGCUUUCGACGAAUCCUGGAAGCCCACGAGCAUUGGUGACAACGGCGAGGAGAAGGACGAGACCCACUGGGGUCUUUUCACUGCCGACCGCAAGGCCAAGUUUGACUUGACUUGCCCUAACUAA